GCGUACCUCAAAUGACCGGUCUCGAGAAGAAUGGAAACUGUACAGAGCUCCAUAGCUAGGCGUGCUUUACUGAUCGGUAGCUCUUACGACGAGCUACGCGGAACCGAAAACGAUGUGGCGACUAUGGCUGAGGUCCUCCGCAGCUAUGGCUUCCAUGUAGAUGACGCGAACUACGUCAAGAAACUCUGUGGCGCAGAUGCUACUCGCAAGAAGAUCCUACAAGCUUGGGAAGACAUCAUAUCGAGUACAUCUUGGGACGACGCCGUGGUUAUAUACUACUCCGGCCAUGGUGGACUUGCCCAACCGAAGCGAUCCGAUGCGUCUUCCGAGCAUUCUAAAAAUAUUCAGUUUCUGGUCACCACUGACUUCAACCUCGCCACCGAUGAAUGGCUCGGCAUCAUGGGCGACGAGAUCUCCAACUGGCUGCUACGAACAACAGGCAAGACGCGCAACGUCACCUACAUAUUGGAUUGCUGUCACUCGGCACGCUUGGGCCGUGGUCCCCGCGGCGCGGUCUCGCGGAAGCAGUCUUCAUUCGACUACGACGUCCUCGCGGAGCACCGGCUGAGGCUUCGUGAGGGGAACAAGAUGCUGGAGAACGAGUUCUGGACUAACCCGGACGUAGUGCGCAUUGCUGCGGCCGCGGACCUAGAGCCCGCGUGGCAGUAUCAGAACACUCGGGGGCAGUACGUCGGCAUCCUGACCGAGAAGCUUGCCGAGAUGAUGAAGGAUGCUAGCGGUCAGAUGUCCUGGCGGAACAUCAUGCUCGGCACCAAGGCCCUAGUGGAGCGCGCCUUCGAUGACGACGACUUCCAAAAGCCCCGAUCCGCCGGCGCUGACACCAGAAUUCCCUUUUCGCUAGACAGGGGCCCGUUCUCUGCUCUUCUCGCCGAGGUUGGACCAGAGUUUACAACCAUCAGCGGCGGGAAAGUCCACGGGCUUCAAGCAGGAGACGUGUACACGCUAGUGCCGUUCAGAACCGAGGGACGCGACGCCCACACUACGCCGACUACGGGGCGCCGAGCCACAAUAUGGAAAACUAACGGCUUCAAGGCAGUUGCGCUAGAUGUCUCCACGGAAAGUUAUCCCUUCACAGAGGCCUUGGCACUUCCAUAUUCUCGCCGACGGCGCUGGCCCAUGUCCGUGUCGGGGAGCGUCCAGCAUGCCGAGGAGCUGUUUAGCAAGUCUCCCUUUUUCAGUCGUUGUGAAGCAGGAGAGAAGGCAACGGUAGAGCUAAAGGAAGGCGAAAACAGUGGCGAGAUCGCUCUCUUCGCUGGCGGGACGCAACUCGGAUCAGGCCAAGCGAACAAUCCCUGGAACGUGGAGAAGCUCAUCUCGAUCGCACACACGUUCGCGGAAGCUCAAGCGAUUCUGACGUUGGAGGGAGGCACAGGCGAUGAAAAAUUCAAGCAUGGUCUAAAGAUUGAGAUAGGUGCUGUUCAGGAUUAUGAAGGGAAUCCUAGACUGGAAUUCAGCGCUAACUCGGCCGAAAAACCUGGACAGCUUGGUUUGGCCGCUGGGGAGCAAUACUACAUUCGAUUCCAGCUUAACGAUGACCUAGGGGUCUUCAUAAACACGUUCCGGAUCGACGCCUCAGGCAAAGUCACACUCGUCUCCCGGGCGUGGGAGACUGGAGUUCAUCUGUAUCAGGGGCAUGACUCUGAGACUCUCGCGCAGCGUCGCCUCCCAAUGAAAGGAAUACCCAUCGAGUGGCCAGUGGCCGUCCCGAAAGCUCCAUUUGUCCAAGAGCACUUCGUCUUUGUGCUAUCCAAGAAGCCGGUUGACUUGCGCUGGUUAGAGGCGGCUUCGCCCGAAGAGUAUCUGAUAGCUAGAGGAAGAGACGGUCGACCCCACGCGGCUCGGGACGAAGUCAACCCAUAUGACGUCGUACAGGUCCCGUACAUGUUGCGCAUGGCAGAAAAAACCGAAGAGGCUGAUGCCAUAACACAGAAAUCGAUCACGGGGCCCCAGCUCCCGACACCCGAGGACAUGGAGGAAUGGGACGAGCUUUCCUCUGAGUUAAAGAAUGUGGCUGACGUCGAGGCAAAGGGUAUGCUCGGAGGCAUCAUGCGAACGCUCAAAGGUAUUCCCAAGUGUGUAUGGGUUGUGAACCAGCAUAACGAGGAGAUCACCGUCGUGAUUUCCCAGUUCAGUCCCACCUACGACCUCACCGAGGGAGGCAUCAACGUCUCUGCAAGUGGUGGCGGCAUCAAUUUCACCAGGACAUUGUGGCGAGCUCCAUCCGCGUUGAAGGUGCUUGCACCACAGGCUGAAAAUGCCACCGACUCACUAGUGUCAAUGCCAUUCUGGACACGGAAAGAUGGUUUUGGUGUCAUCUCGAUCUUCGUUGGCCCCGAAAAGAGACUACUAAUUGGUAAUGACCGCGUGCCGAUGGGCGCAAGGGUCUAUUUCCAGGGUUCGCCAGAGCUGAAGAUCGUUGAAUACGACUCAAAGAAUAGUUAAGUAAUGUAAACUAG